ACGGAGAGAGCGGAGGGUGUUGGGGACUUGAGCCGGUGCACUAGAAACUCCCGCCAUUUCGGCAAGGAAUUAACCUCUUGAUUGAUCCAGGCUACUUUUAUUUUUUUAAUGUAAAUUAGGUGAACGCUGGUAUCUGACAGGGAGAAGCCUCGACACAGCGAGCAAGCAGCGGAGUAACCUUUGGAAGGAAAGCGGGCCUGGUUUGCACACACUUGGGACUGAGCAGCGCGCCAGACCGCCCGCCGAGCGCAUCUUCGGCUGUUGCCGCGAGUUUGAUUUCGGUUUGGGUUGUGUAUCUCUUCCUGGAAACCCGGAGCUAAAAGUUCACCAACUAUCUCCAGAGGCAAGUCCAGCGACCUGUUUACAUCCCAGACGACGCUUGGACACCCCUGUCACACAGCUCCAGGAGGAGAGAAGAAGGAUGCAAUGAGGCGGCUGGCACUGUUAUUGUUUUGCGACGAGAUAGCCAUCCAGCCUGCUAGCUAGUCGGCUAGCUGCUACACGUUGGGUGCCGGGCCUGCCGGCGGUAACGUGAGCCGUGCUAACGUGACUCGGGACGUUUGGAUACAUGCUAAGGACAUAUUAUAGUAUAUUAUUGCGCUGACUCGUUGAUAGAAGUUCUGGUUUUAACGUUGGCACCCGUGCCAGCUGUGAUUUUGAGAUGGCACCGCUUUUGGGCCGGAAACCUUACCCGCUGGCUAAGCCGCUAGCCGAGCCACCAGGCCCGGGAGAGGAGGUCUACGUCGUCGAGCACAGCAAGGAGGCCUUCAGGAACAAAGAAGAGUAUGAGGCACGCUUGGAGAGGUACAGUGAGCGUAUCUGGACAUGCAAGAGCACUGGAAGCAGCCAGCUGACGCACAAAGAAGCAUGGGAGGAGGAACAAGAAGUCACCGAACUGCUUCAGGAAGAAUAUCCCCCGUGGUUUGAGAGGCCCGUCCUGGAGAUGAUCCACCACAACACUGUGUCUUUAGACAAACUGGUGGAAAUGGCCUGGGUUGAAAUCCUAACCAAGUAUGCGGUUGAUGAGGAGUGCGACUUCCUGGUGGGGAAGGACAAAAGUUUGCAAGUGAAGGUGGUGAAGAUCCACCCCCAAGAAAACCCGGAGGGCGAGGCGGGGGAGAAGAAGCUUGAGGGCGCCUGCGACUCUCCAUCCAGCGACAAGGAGAAUGCAAGUCAGGAGAACCAGAGGAAGGAGCCUCCUCCCAGAGAGGACGACAACAGGAGGGAAAGUCUCAGUGACAGAGCCAGACGUUCUCCAAGGAAACUUCCCACUGCCAUGAAGGAGGAAAAGAAGAGGUGGGUUAUGCCCAAAUUCCUUCCUCUCAAGUACGACGUGAAGCUCAUCAGCGAGGACAAGGUGAUCAGUGAUGUCCCUGUAGACAGUCUGUUCAGAACAGAGCGCCCUCCAACAAAGGAGAUCAUGCGCUACUUCAUCAGACACUAUGCGCUGAGGCUGGGCAUGGGUGAGAGCGCUCCCUGGGUGGUCGAGGAUGAACUGGUGAAAAAGUUUAACCUGCCAAGCAAAUUCAGCGACUUUCUUCUUGAUCCACACAAGUUUUUAGCAGAAAAUCCCUCUGCGAAGCGUAAGAGCUUGACAUCUCCAGAAGGUAAACCUAGCAAGAGGCUCAAGAACUCUGAUACGCCAGGAGAGGAUUCAGGAAGCGAGAUGGGAGAGAAGAAAAGGAAAAAGAAAGAUGCUUCAGGCCUACCCCUUAGUCCCACCAUCUGGGGCCACAUGCAGAAAAUAAAAAUGAAUGGCUCACCGCUGAAGGUAAAGAACUCAGGAAGUCCAAAGAAAGGUGAAGGCAAGGGCUCUGCACCCUCUACUCCCAAAUCAGGCAGGAAGUCUGGAGACAAGAAAGAAGGGAAGAAAACCGGAAAGAGCGGCGAUAAGAAGCUCGGUGUUCUCAAAUCUUCUAAAAAGGAUGGCAAAGCUGGUGGCAAGACACCGAAGAUGAAACAGAUGACUCUGCUGCAUCUGGCUAAGAGCACCUCUGCAGGGAGCCCGAAGAAGAGGGCCCGGAGCACAGGCAUGGGUUCACCUAAACUGGGGAAGCCACUGCACCCCAUGGCUCUCCACCUCCUCCGCUACUACAAGGAGCAUAAGGGAAAAGAUGACAAAAAAAAUUCCCUCUCGUCUCUCAUCUCCAAGGCCGCAAAGACCUUAUCCCCAGAUGAUCGCGGCCGUCUCCCGGAGGAGCUCAAGGAGCUCGUGCAAAAACGCUGGGAGGUGCUUGAGCAAAAGAAACGCUGGGCAGCCAUGAGCGAAGAGGAAAAGCAGGAAGAGAUGAAGAAGCGGCGGCAAGAAGUAAAAGAGAAACUGCGGGAAAAGGCUAAGGAGAGACGGGAGAAGGAGAUGUUGGUCCGACGCGAACAAUCACGUCGAUAUGAGGACCAGGAGAUUGAAGGCGGCCAAACCCUGCCGGUGUUCAAGCUUGUAGACAUGCCUGAGGGUUUGCCCAACACCUUGUUUGGUGAUGUUGCCAUGGUUGUGGACUUCCUCAACUGCUAUGCAGGGCUGCUGAUGCCGGACGAUCAGUAUCCCAUCACAGCAUUGGCUCUGAUGGAAGCGGUGGCUGGGGAACGGUCCGGCUUCCUCUACCUGAACCGCGUGCUCGUAGUGCUGCUCCAAACGCUGCUGCAGGAUGAGCUGGCAGAGGGCUACAGCGAGCUCGAUAUGCCCUUAUCUGAGAUCCCUCUCACCAUGCACUCUGUCUCAGAGCUGGCCAGGUUGUGUCUGCGCCCCUGUGAUGCUCAUGGCGAGGAAAGUGGCCAGGGCUCCGAGGACUCGGGGCCCAUGGGGGGUUUUGAUGAUGUGGUGACAAGCGAGUUCCUGGAGAAGCUUGGUACAAUUGAGGUGUUUGAGCUGGGCCCCGAAGAGAAGGUCAGCCUGCUGGUGGCACUUUGCCACCGCAUCCUCAUGACCUACUCAGUGGAAGACCAUGUUGACGCAAUGCAGCAGCGGUCGGCUGAGCUGUGGAAGGAGCGCCUGGCCAUGCUGAAGGAGGCCAAUGAUCGCAAGAGGGCUGAGAAGAAUAAGCGGAUGGAGAGCAAAGGUGAGAAGAAAAGAGAUGGUGUUCUUAAGAAGGAGGUCAAAAAGGAGGUAACGGUGGAGCUGGAGUCAGAGGACAUGAUCAGCUCAGUGAAGAGCCGGCGACUGAUGUCUAUGCAGGCCAAGAAGGAAAAGGAGGAGAUGGACAAGCAGAACAAAGAGCGCAUGGAGAAGGAAGCUGAAGAGGAGCGGAUGCGUAAACAGAGGGUUUCUGUAGAGCGAGCCUUCCAGGAUGGAAUCGCCAAAGCCAAACUCAUCAUGCGCAGGGCGCCGCUAGGCACAGACAGAAAUCAUAACAGAUACUGGCUUUUCUCAGAUGUUGUUCCUGGUCUCUACAUUGAGAAAGGCUGGGUGAACGAAAGCAUUGACUACAACUUCACCCCUCCACCUGAAGAAAAACCAGCUGAGCCUGAAGUGGAAGAGGAGGAAGAUGGCGAGUCAGCCACUACUAAUGAAUCACAAGGAGCUGAAGGAACUGAAAAGGAUGAUGGCAGCAUAGAUGGUGCUAUUAGUGAAGGAGCCCAGCAGGGGGCGGCCCCUGACCUCUGUAUAGAAACCACAGUUCCCAAUCAGGGACAGAAUCUCUGGUUCAUAUGUGACAACGCAGCUGAGCUUGAGGAGCUGGUGGAAAGUCUUCAUUGUCAGGGGGUCAGAGAAAGCGAACUGAAGGCAAAGAUACAAAACAGGUAUCAGGACAUCAUCCACUCCAUCCAUUUGACCCGCAAGGGAAAACCGGGCCUCAGGACUUGUGAUGGCUUCGAAGAGCUGCUGAAAUACCUGCGCAGUGACAUCCAGGAGGUGGCUUCACGGCUCCAUAAGGGAGGUCUGGGAUACUUGGAGGACAACGUAGACAUCGAAGAACAGUUGAAAGACACAGAAAGUUUGAAAGACUUUGGCGAGUGCAUCAUCACCAUCCAGGCCUGUGUAAUCAAAAAGUUCCUGCAGGGAUUCAUGGCCCCCAAGCAGAAAAAGAAGAAAAGGCAAGGAGGCGAAGAAAACAGCAAGACCGAAGAGGUGGAUGAGGAGAAGAGACUGGCAGAGGAGGCCAGGGUAGCCACGGCGGUAGAGAAGUGGAAGACGGCGAUCCGAGAGGCCCAGACCUUUUCCCGCAUGCACUUGCUCCUGGGAAUGUUGGACGCUUGCAUCAACUGGGACAUGUCUGCUGAGAACGCUCGCUGCAAAGUCUGUCGCAAAAAAGGUGAGGAUGAGAAACUGAUCCUCUGUGAUGAGUGUAACAAGGCCUUCCACCUGUUCUGCCUGCGACCGGUACUCUACCGAAUCCCCGCUGGAGAAUGGAGGUGUCCCGCCUGCCAGCCCACUGUGGCCAGACGAGGCUCUCGUUCAAGGAACUAUAACCAAGACACGGAUGAAGAAGAGGAUGAGGAGGAGUCUGAAGAGGAGGACUCUGAUGAAGAUGAAGAUGACGAGGAGGACAAUGAUUACAAAGCCAUGGGUCACAUCUUGAGACCAAGGAAGAAAAAUAAGCAGUCCUCGUCCCGACAGAAGCUUUCAAAGAGCAAACCCAAAACACCGCCGUCUUCUAGUAGUCAGAGCAGCAAACAUAGGACUGGGCCCAACAGCCCUGCAGACAUCGACGAGCUGGUGCGGCAGAGUUCCCAGUCAGGCGUGCGGAGGCAGGCGCGGGAGCUGGAGAGGUGCGAGGAAAUCCUCAAGAAACUGACAAAAUUCCGCUACAGCUGGCCUUUCAGAGAUCCUGUGUCCUCAGAGGAGGCAGAGGACUACUUGGAAAUCAUCUCCCAGCCCAUGGAUUUCCAGACGAUGCUGGAAAAGUUCAGCCAGGGCGCGUAUCGUCACGGCAAUGACUUCCUGGAAGACAUAAAGCUGGUCUUCUCCAACGCAGAGGAGUACAACCAGCAGGGCAGCACCGUGCUCUCCUGUAUGGUCAAGACGGAGCAGAGCUUCACAGAGCUGCUCCAAAAGCUGCUGCCGGGUCUCAGCUACCUCCGCCGCCGCUCGCGCAAACGCAUCAGCCAAGCUCCUGCUACAUCCGAAGAAGACGAGGAGGAGGAAGAAGAAGAAGAGGAGGAGGAAGAAGAAGAUGAAGAGCAGGAGGAGAAGCCAAGGAAGAAGAUGCAGAACGGCAAAUCAAACGGGAAGAAGCCCAGAAACGUACGAGGACAGAAGGAUGAGGAAAGCGAGAGCGAAGACGACGAUGAUGACGACGGCAGGAGGAGAAGUAAGCGCUCCACUGCCACCUCAGGCAAGAAGGAUUACAGGGAGCAGAACAGCGAUGGCGAGCGGGACACACGGAGAGCUCGUCCGCGGGGGGUCCGGGGCGACACUGGUGGAGCGAGCAGCGACGAGGGCCGGUCCAGCCAGCAGCGACAUUCCAAAAGGCAGAAACGCUCCUGAAGUCCAGGGUGUUUUUUGUCGUCUUCUUUGCUUUAAAAAAUGAAUCUGUCCCGCUUCAGACCCUCCCCUCCAUCUUCUCCUCCCACAGCCAGCGGGGCUCAAUCCUCAGAAGGACGUUUGUUUUUGUCUUGAAUUUUUGUUCAUAUUUUUGAACGACGACAGGAAAACUGAUUUAUAUUUGUAAUGUUUAAUAUUGGUGAUGUUUUUGUUCAACCAAGAAAAGAGAUGAUGGAGACGUUUUUAUAGCUCUUAAGACUAUUUGAUUUGACCUCACACACCUGCAUUUUUUUUUUUUAUUACUCCCCAUACACCAGGACAGUGUAAUCAGAGCUUCAUUCAUAGGCUACAUCCACUCUACCACGUUCUCAUUAAAUGCCUCAACACUGCUUCAGAUACGCCUCGCGUCCACAAUACUCAGGAGUUUUACAGCUGCUUAAGCCGAAGUUUUAGUUUGGAAACUCUGGCGCUGCAUUUUCGUCUGGACGGGCAGAAACAGGGAUGUUUGGAAACGGUGACGAAGACACUCCACCACUGGUAGAUCGGGUCUUUUCAGUCACGAGGUAGCCCUUGCUAAGUCGUCUCCUAUCACAUGACCCGCAUCCGGAAGAAAACGGUGAAGAACAAUUACAAUCAUUGCUGACCCUGUUGUCUUUGCUAGCAGCUGUUGUGCAGCUUAAUUCCGCAUUAGUACAAUGAUACAGCUGCUGACGAGCUAUUAUUCGAGGAAACCGCAACAUUUCCCGUGUCCAGCAGCACGCGGAUACCCAGUGUACUUGAGUGGUCAGGUGAUAUGUAUUUUCAGGCGGGUUAUUAAGGACGGAAUAAAAACUUAUUCGGAGCCUAGAUGCUUGUGUGGACACAGAUCGCUUACGUUUGAAAACGUGGUGGAUGUAGCCAUAGUCCAGUUGUAGAAUGUUUUGUUGCACUCGUAUCUUUGUUACAUGUCCGUGUGUUUCACUCACCAACAGUGUUUCUCGUUUAAAGAAACUGUCAACGUACCUGAAACCCUCUGUCUUGGCUUAGAAACAGCACUGACCUCUACAAAACCACGUCACCUGUAAAUCGCUCCGACUAAUCAUCUUGCCACCAAGAUCACCUUUGGUUAAAUGCAAGUGUAUAGAUAAACAUGGUAGAUAUUUCUAGUUGUAGUAGUUGUUUUCCUACUCCGACUCAUGGUCAAAAGCUGCGUCGAGGCAGCCAAUCACAUCAGUCACAUGACUAAUGCUAAAAAUAGAAGAAAAAAAAUCAUCCCAGCUCUUUGUGCCAAGAUAGUUGGGGUUUUGUUAAACAAUGGGACCCGACUGUAGUUUUUGUCUUGGUUCGUAGAGCGGACCAGCCUUUUCGUCCUCUGUAGUGCCCAGCCACUAAAAAAUGAACCGGUACCUCAAUGCUCCGUCACUUUGCACUCCUUGUGUAAAGUGCACCCAUUAUGCCAGCAGCUGCAGGACCACAUUUUAUUAAAAUUGUGCAUUGACAUUUGUAAACCGUGUUUAAAACAACAAAUGUGAUGUUUGUUAAGAAAAAUGGGCAUUUUUAGAAUAUUUGAUAUUUUUUGCACAUUUUAUUUGGUAUUGUAAGUGAUAAACUUGUUGAUCUUAGUCACAUCCAGUUAAAAGUGCCAGGUGUAACCGCAGCUCUCCUAGUCGAUACUGAGAACACCUCAGAGCUAUUGUACUUUUUGUUGUCGCAGCAGAAGCUGUCACGUGCUUGUACAUUUUGUGACGAACACCUAAAUGACCCAGUGUCGUUCCUUUGUGUGGAAGAAGUGACAAACUGAACGGGUGGAAUCAGCUCCAUAGAGGUAAAUGAAGGGUUUUCCAGCAAUUCCUGGUUUGUUCACCAGGUGGUGCCGUUCUCCUGCUCUUUGUGCCAGCUUCAUCCGCCUCCACUGAUGAUGCAGCUGUGUCACCUGACUGCCACUGUGCUAGUUUAUUUGGACUCCUCAGCUUGUUUGCUUUUAUUGUUGAAUCAGACAGAAGUCACUAAAUUAAGUGCAUCAUCGGCGAGGUUGCCAGCAGAUUGAUGAGGCAGUGGUUGGUUUCCCCUCUUCUGUUCGUACUGUACUGUACUGUUCUCAUGUCUUUGUCUAGUGCUGUUAUCAUCGAAACUUCACUGAUUUCCUGAUUUUAUUUGCCCACCGAUUGCGCUCCCUUCCCUCUAUUUGUUUAGGUUCAGCUUUGCUCCUGACACGAUUAACAAUUGAUGCAUUCACUGUUGUGAUUGUUGGACAUUUCAACGAACAAAAAGGUGACUGCCCCCUUCUCUCUUAAAACGAGACCUGACUGUAAAUGCUUUCUUAAUUCUUGGAGGAACUGCUAAAGUCUUUUUACACUUCCUUUUUUAUAUAUAUAUUUAUAGUCUCUAAAGUUGGGUAUGGGCAGUUUCGGAGGAUUUACAAUGUAAAGAAUUUCCAAUAAAGGCUAUGGACGAAGACCGUAGUUCUCCCUGUUUUAUUUUGUGUUGAGCUAACAAGCAUCCCCAGGUCAGUCGAAGACGUGACAUCACUGCCAUCUGUAAAAACUUGUGAAAGACAAUGAACAGGGAGGACAACGGGCUCUCGGUGACCAAGCAAUGUCUAAUUUUGCUUUCUAAUAAAAUAUCAAACAGA